AUGACAAAUAAUAAUAAUAAUAACCUAAGAUAUGUUGCACACAAUCGAUGCGAUAAACAGUUACGUCAAUAUCCCCUGAAAUAUCCGUUACCAAAAUUUACGACCCGAUUGCCAUUCAAACGCAAUCCAUUGGACUUAACUAUCGAUUCGGAAACAUUGGCCGACUGGUCGUACAGACAGUUCCCUACGAGUCAGAUAUCGGCCAAAAACUAUCGCAAUGUAGUUAUGGUUUCGAAAAUAUUGAUGGCCUUCUACUAUCCGACCAUAACCUCUGAGGACAGUUACUAUCAUUUAUUGCAGGACUUGAUAUUUAUAUUUAUUAUGGACGACAAUACCGAAGAAUCGUGGGGUCAACAUAACGGUCAGCAAAUGGACAAAUGCCGUGAGGUUUGGACACAACAUAUCAGUAUGUUUGCAGUGGCCAAUGGCCACCAAUCAAACCCAAACACAUUGCCAGUCGAUCAGAUGGAGCCGUUUAUUCGGGCUAUUAUACCAACAUUUGAGGCAUAUUCUCGGCAAAUGAGUGCCGAACAGUGGAAACGAUUUGUCGGCGCGAGACUAGAGUUUGCCGCCGCAAACAUUGAGGAAACGGAACUUCUUCGCAAAAACGGCGGUCGGUUUACUUCAUUAGAGGAAAAACUACGGAUUCACCGCAGAACAAUUGGCCUAAAACCGACACUAUUGUCUAUUACCUAUGGGCUCGAUAUAGAUCUACCGGAGCGCGACUGGUCUGACCCAUGUAUGAAACAGUUGGUCUCAUUAGUUGUCGAUUACUGUAUUUAUGUAAACGAUAUAUUUUCGUUUGAAAAAGAGUUAAUAACUAGUAUUAAGACCAUAUUGAAGACAACGACAACUACUACUACCACUAAUGUCAAUGUCGGCGACACCAACAUCACGUACGGCAUAGGCACAGGUAUUACUAUACAAUCAUUGACCAACAAUGAUAACCAUACAGAAUGGGAGGCAUUGAAACAGUUGUCAAACAUUGUGGCUAUGAUUGCCAUUGAACGCAAAUGUUCGAUACCUAUGGCUCAGAUGAUUGUCGGCAAACAUAUCGAACAAUUGGACAAACAAAUCAUACAACUGGUCUACGACUGGACUGCCGGACCUCAUGACUACAACAACAACAACAACAAUGGCGACUGCACUGUUGAUGAUGAGAGGGACGGCAGUUGUGGCAGUGGUGAUGAUGGUUGUGGUGGUGAUGGCCAACGAUUAUCAUCGCUAAGUCCCGGUGGCAUUGAAUUUGUACGGGCAUUACUCUAUAUGCCCGGCGCUAUCUUUCGUUCAAGCGGUGCCUGCGAUAGAUAUAUGAUUAUAUGUAAAUGGUGGGGUAGAGGUGGGGGUGGGGGGUUAGGGUAG